GGAGACACUUGAAAUAAGAAAUCAUUUCGACGUGGCGUUUUGUCUAGGUAUUCUAACACGUGGCAUUAAUUAAUGUUCCAAAACAACUGAAGAAUAAAAUAUGAUUUACGUCUAUAUUCAUCUUUUGGCAUUUAUUGCACUACUCACAACAAAAAUAAAGGCUCAACAAUAUUUUUCUAAUUCAAACGAUUAUGCAGAAACUGACAGUGAACUGGUUUCUGUUGAACAUUCAAUUCAUAGAAGUAGUCUACCUGAAAUUGUAAUUAAUAUAACAAUUAGAGGUAUUGAGAGGGAAUUUAUUUUACAGUCAUCAGAUGGCUAUUUUGCUGGUAAGGAUACUAAAGUCUGGGUAGCAAAAAAUGAAAGAAACAAAUUAAAGUAUACACUUCAAAAGAAUAUUAUGGAGAAAGUGAAUAUUACAUUUUACCAUGAUGUAAAAACAAAAUCCUCAAUAGCACAUACUGUAAAUAAAGAUGGUAUUUCAGAAUUCAAUGGUGUUUUUGAUUCUGACAAAGUAAUACGAUCAUUAAGUAAUCACGAUCGCAAACGUCGAGAUGUUUCGUCAAAAUUGCAGUACGAAUCAUCAAUGAAUGGUAGCAAGAACUAUCACCUACUUUAUAAACGAGAUGCAUCUUUAUCAAACCAUAAUAACUACUACCAAACUGUUGGCACCAACAAUGAUUAUCAGCAGGGAAAGAAAAAUUUUAUAAAUAUUCCGGAAAUUGUCUAUCCUGAAAUUUUAGUCUAUGUAGAUGAAACAAUGUUUGGAUACCAUAAAAAAGAUAUUGUCAAAACUGUCGCUUAUGUUUUAACCAUUUUCAAUGGAGCAGAUCUUUACUUUAGAGACAUGGACGAUCCAUUAGUUCGUUUAAGCAUUGCUGGAAUUGUUUUGUGUGAGGAUCCAAUAAAUAUAGAAACGAUAAACGGAAGUACUAUCAAUGACGAAGUUUAUUAUAGUUUCGGAGAAUUUCUUUACAGUGACAAUCAAUUUAAAGUAAAAAUUGAUUACGAUAUUGCAGUUUAUUUACUUAAACCACGUGUCCCCGGCCGUAUACUAGGCUUGGCAUAUACAGGAAGGGUUUGUGAAAAGUUUAUAAUGCAAAAUAUGGUAGUAUCACUGGCGGUUAUUGCAGAUUUUGGAAUCCUUGACGGAAUUCAUAAUGCUGCACACGAAAUAGGUCACUUACUGGGUAGUAAGCAUGACUUUUCGAUACCAGAAUGUUCUUUUAAGACAGGUUUUGUUAUGAGUUAUGACAAAUACGACCAGAAUCAAUUUUUCUUUUCUCCAUGUUCCAAAGAAAUGAUAAAAUGGAAUUUGAGCAAAGAAGCAGCUAGGUGCAUCCUCAACAAUCCAGCUGAUAAAAGGACUGACAGUCAAAUAUUGAGAGUUUUGCCUGGACAAUAUAUGACUUUAGAUGAACAAUGUCAAAAACAUAGAUACAAAAAUGCAUCUCCGGUUAAUAUAGAUAUUUGCUUACAUUUGCACUGCCUCCAUUCGUCUUUUUCCAUAUAUAUAGAAUUACCUGCACUUGAAGGUACACCUUGUGACUUCGGAAAAUACUGUCUAAGGGGAGAAUGUGUAAAUGUUCCAUUUAACAAUAGUGACAAGAAUACAGAUUUAGAAAACUUAUUUCCAUUUAAAUAUCAACAGCGUGAAAGUAAAGAAACUGCUGAACAACAAUGUGUUAACCAUUAUUAUAAAGUUCCUGUCAAAUCUUUCUUUUAUGUUUGUGAACUAAAGUGCGUGUUCAAAAAGUAUAUGUCCUUUUACAUGAAAGAACAUACUGCAGAUGAUGGAACCCCUUGUGGUAAUAACGGAAUCUGUCAACGUGGAAAAUGUAUAGACGAUACUUAUCGAUUGGCUGAUGAUUAUUGUAGAAAAGCUGGAACAACAGGUUUUAGUAAUUAUUCUGCUAAAGAAUGUACCUUUAACUGCAAAAAAGAUAUUUACAAUUUUUCUGAAAAUGUUAAUCCUACAAUUCAAGGCCAAAUAAGAAUAAUCAAAGAACUAUUUGCUCCUGAUGGACAUCCUUGCAAUAACAGUGGAUACUGUCAAGAUGGUAAAUGCAUUAAUAUGACAUUUUCUACUGGUAUUAUUGAUCCUAGUACUUCCUUAGAUGAACGGUAUGGCCAAUUCGCAUCAUCUAUUAAACUAUGUAAACAGAAUGGAAUGGAAUGGAUGGAAGAUCAUGAAACCGGAUGCUAUACUAUAUGUCAAUCUAAAACCGAAUUGUCAAAAUAUUUUUAUGCUGAUAGAGGAUUCCCAUGCCCUGACAAUGGAUUUUGUGAAGAUGGAAAAUGUGUUAAAAAAGAAUUAAUAAGUACAACUACUGCUUUGAAUAAUUUACAUUCUGAAUUUAAAUCUUCCACUGAACGUUGUCAAGAGAUUGGAUUUUCUUGGUCUUAUGAUUAUAGCAACGGAUGUAUUAGUGUUUGCCAGAUAAUGAGAUACAAUGUUUUAAUACCUGAUGUGAGAUAUUUGAAUGCAGAUAAUGGCUUACCGUGUAAUAAUAGUGGAUAUUGUCACGAUGGAAUAUGUCUUAAUAUGACAGUUAUUACAAGAAGCACAAGUGUUGCCACUAGCACAACUACAAGUACAAGUUCAACUACAAGUACAAGUAGUAGUAUUGAUACAACUACAAGUUCUGUUAGCAUUAUUCAUUCAACAACAUCUUUGAAUAAAUUACCUAUCAAUUUAGAAUCUCCUGUGAAACAAUGUAUUAAUGCUGGAUUUACUUUCUUCGUUACUCUUGAUAAAUUUGACUGUACUGUUGUCUGCUCCAAUGUAAGUGACAUUGAUUAUAUUGAAUACGAAGAUUAUGAAUAUGAAAACAGUGAAACAAAUAUUUAUCAAGAUAUAUCUCGACCAGAUGGAAUUGCUUGCAAAUAUACUGGACAUUGCUUAAAUGGAGAAUGUGUUAAUAUGUCACUCAUAGAUCCUAAUGACAAAUCAACAAUGUGGGAUUUCGAUGCAUUAAAAAUUUUUCAAACUAAUACACGAAGGGUAAUAAAACCUAAAGGAGGCGAAAAUGAUUCAAAAUCAUUUAACAAUGGAGAAAAUGAAAAACAGCAUAAUAUUUCUAUUGAUUUGUCCGAUAUUGACAACGUUGUCAAAGAAUUUGCAAAAGACAUUGAAAUAUUUUUGUAAAAUAUUUUCAUUAUUCCAUGAAUGUUUUUGAUAUGGCAAGGAAAAAAUCAAUAUCUGGAUUAAUUAACUUUCUUCGGGAGUAAGCAAAGCGAAUUGAAGUACUAAGAAAACAAUUGUUCCAAACAUUUCUCCGCUUUAUAAUAAGAAAAAUAUGUUACAUACUUGAAUUUUAAACUGCUUUUUCGAUAAUAUGUAUAAGUAAUAUAUAAUAUAUUAUAUAAUAUUUUA